AUGAAGCUCUCAGUCCUUUCCCUCCUAGCCAUUACCACGGCCGUGAGUGCCUGGCUCCCGCACGAGCGAAACCUCUUCGGCGAGCAACCUAACUCUGUAGCUUCCUACCUCCCCGCGGGCAGAGGCCGUGCUGUUAAACGCUUCACUUCCGGCUACAACAAGAUCCGCGGCGUCAAUCUCGGUUCCCUCUUCAUCAUCGAGCCCUGGAUGGCAAGCCAAGAGUGGGAUUCAAUGGGUUGCGGCGGGACAAAGUCUGAAUUUGAUUGUAUGAUCAAGCUUGGACAGGACGCUGGGGACGCAGCCUUCCAGAAACACUGGGGUAGCUAUAUUGGGGAGCAGGACCUCGAUACAAUAAAAGCAUAUGGAUUGAACACGAUCCGUGUUCCAGUCGGAUACUGGAUGGUUGAGGACACCGUCUGGCGCGACAGCGAGCAUUUCCCUAAAGGCGGACUUGCAUACCUCGACCAGCUCGUUGGCUGGGCUGCGGACAGGAACAUCUACGUUAUCCUAGAUCUUCAUGGCGCACCUGCUGCGCAAGAGCCUAACCAGCCGUUCACAGGCCAGUACGCCCCUACUGCAGGUUUCUUCGUUUCGUGGCAAUAUGACCGUGCCUACAAGUUCCUCCAAGCAAUGACACAACGCAUCCACACAAAUUCCGCUUAUCGUACUACUGGCAUGCUCGAAGUUCUCAACGAACCUGAGCGUAAUCACCCCGAUCUGAUCACCAGCUACUACGCCACGGCCUACGCCAAAAUCCGGGAGACCGAGUCACAACUCAACGUCGCACAAGGUCAGCAACUCACGAUCCAGUUCAUGGACAAGGGUUGGGGCGCUGGUAAUCCGGUCGAUGUCAUAGGUUCUAAGCCUAGCGUUGCAUACGACGACCACCGGUACCUAAAAUGGGACACUUCUAUCGAGCACACUAAGGCCUCGUAUAUCAAAACCUCCUGCAGCGAUACUUUCGGUGACGGCGGUAACACGCCUUUGAUUGUCGGGGAGUGGAGUCUUUCCGUCAAAGACGAUCUUGAGCGGACUCCCGACUUCGAUCCAAGUGUACAGAGCAACAAGGCUUUCUAUACGCAGUGGUGGGCGGCCCAAGUCUCGGCAUAUGAAAAGCAGCUCGGGUGGGUGUUUUGGAGCUGGAAGACGCAGUUAGGCGACGAUUGGAGGUGGAGUUAUAAGCAGGCGGUGGAGGCGGGUAUAGUUCCUAAGGAUCCGAAUCAGGCUGCGCAGUUAGCGAAGUGUUAG